UAGCGGGAGAGGUUGUCUUCCCUUUUCGAUUCAGAUGUGUACGUAGUAUCGAGUGAUCCGUCGGACGUAGUUUGACAAGUGCAGUGGCGCUGGUUACGAUGCUUCCAGGUUUGCAAGAAAACCGCCAACUCGCCGAGCGUCGAAAGUUCGCCAAUGUGUAUACGCUCUGCAGUCGAUCCACUAGCGACAUACGUAACUCACGUGACUGUGUAGAGAACAACCUUCGCCAUUGCACAGACCGUCGACGAGUUGUACUAGGCAAUGCGCACUAUAACCAAGGCGUCUCACCCACCCUUAGUCUUUUUUCGCAAGCUAUACGCAGAGUACGCCAUACAAGCAGCACUAACAACGCAACUCCCAAACUCCAACGGCGCAAGCUUCGCCCACCCGCCUCCCAUCGUCACGAACAACCCACUCGCGAUCAGCCGCGAGAUCAGCGACCACCAAUAGAUCGCCCAGUCAUCCUUCAGCGCGCCUACAAGCUCGAAGCCGUUGAUGGUAAUGAGAGCGAAGGCUGUCAUAGACUCAGCAGCGAACCUUACAACGAACGAUUAGGUUGAAACACUGACCAAUAAAACGCCCAAUCUAGCGUCUUGGAGUUGAAAUUGCUCAACCACACCGCUGGGGUCGUAAAGAGAGAGUGUGUUCUGGAAUAUGAUGAUGCUGGAGAAGACUGUCUGGAAGUAGCCGGGCGCUGAGCGUGGGUAGCCUAUAUUGAGUUGAGUUGUCAUGGCGAGCUUGGUCUUGUUCGCUUCGUGAAGUGAUCUUUGCAGGUCGGUGUCGCGUCGUGAGGGUGGAGAUAUAGAAAGGAAGUAUCCUUG